AUGGAAAAUUGCUUCUGCGUUAAGAAAACGCCUACAAACUGCUAUUUGGUCUCACUUGCCGUCAGCGAUACGUUGUUCUUCAUUGCAACAACUCCUACUGAGCUUUCAUCAUUGUUCACAGCAGACUAUCCAUUUGGAUCAAUAUGUUGUUCUUUAUUUACCUACCUGCCAUAUCUUGCCAUCAACUCAUCAGCACUGUCCAUCACAGCUUUCACCAUUGAAAGGUUCAUAGGCAUAUGUCAUCCAUUUUGGGCAAGGACAGUAUGUACUGUAAACAGAGCAAAACUUAUAAUCUGCAUCAUUUGGACGUUUUCCCUCAUUUACAAUUUCCCAUGGCUUUUCCUUUCUGGCCUCAUAAUUGACGAAGAAGGUGGUUAUUGUGAUUUUAAAAUGGGAAGAGAGGAUUGGAAAUAUAAGGUAAUGUACGUAGGUGAUCUGGUGGGAUUUUACGUAAUUCCUAUGUUCCUUAAUAUUGUAAUCUACGCAAAAAUUGCCGUUGUGCUUAGCCAAUGCGGAGAAAAGAUGAAGCAGGACACGACGAAAGAAAAAAACGGCCAGUCCAUCACACUUCUCCCAGCUCCACCAUUGAGUGAAAGUCACGUUAUCGGAAGAAGAAGUUCGUGUAAAGGCAGAAAUCAGGUUAGUUGUGUAAACUUAUUGGAUCGAAUUCAUUAUAUUACAUUAUAA